AUGCUUUCGCUCCAUACGACAAGAAGUGCGAGGACUGCAAACAGAGGCUUCAUCAGUUGGGAUCCAAAUGGUGUCAGACAUGUGCGUACAAGAAGGGAAUAUGUAGUAUGUGCGGUGUCCAAAUGCUGGACGUCUCGAAUUACAAAAUGA